GGAAGGCUCACCGCAGACCUCCCCCCCCUCCAGUCUCGGCUCCAGUGGGGGCUGAGAAGGUGCUUCUGCAGCGUAUACAACCCCCAGGCUCGCCACCAUGACCCCCCUGGGGGAUGAUGUCUGAGUCCCUGUGGACAGCGCUCUCCAAUUUCUCUAUGCCCGAUUUCCUUGAGAGCAGCAUGUUUCGCCGUACAAAAAGUUGCCGAACCAGUAACAGAAAGAGCCUGAUCCUGACAAGUACAUCGCCGACGCUGCCGCGGCCUCACUCUCCACUCCCAGGUCAUAUUGGUAGCAGCCCUCUGGACAGCCCUCGGAACUUUUCCCCCAAUACACCAGCCCACUUUUCCUUCGCUUCCUCCCGCAGGGCAGAUGGCCGGCGUUGGUCCUUGGCUUCCUUGCCAUCAUCUGGAUAUGGAACCAACACUCCCAGCUCCACUGUAUCAUCGUCCUGCUCCUCCCAAGAGCGCCUUCACCAGCUGCCUUAUCAGCCCACUAUGGAUGAGCUGCAUUUCCUUUCCAAGCAUUUCGGCAGCAGCGAGAGCAUUACUGAUGAUGACGGGGGGCGGAGGUCCCCUGCAGUGCGGCCCCGGUCCCGGAGCCUCAGCCCGGGCCGGUCUCCAUCCUCCUAUGACAAUGAGAUAGUAAUGAUGAAUCAUGUGUACAAGGAACGAUUCCCCAAGGCCACGGCGCAGAUGGAAGAGAAGCUGCAAGACUUCAUCAAGAGCUACGAACCAGACAGUGUGUUGCCCUUGGCUGACGGGGCUCUCAGCUUCAUCCACCACCAAGUCAUUGAGCUGGCACGAGACUGUUUAGCCAAGUCCCAGGAAGGCCUCAUCACCACUGUCUACUUCUAUGAGCUGCAGGAAAACAUGGAGAAACUUCUGAAAGAUGCCUAUGAGCGCUCUGAGAGCGAGGAGGUGACCUUUGUCACUCAGCUUGUGAAGAAGCUGCUCAUUAUCAUCUCCCGACCAGCCCGGCUGCUGGAAUGCCUGGAGUUUAAUCCCGAGGAGUUUUACCACUUAUUGGAAGCUGCUGAGGACCAUGCCAAAGAGGGACACCUGAUGAAGACCGAUAUCCCUCGCUACAUCAUCAGCCAGCUGGGACUUACCCGAGAUCCCUUCCCAGAUGUGCUGUAUGUGGAAGAGCAUGAUAGCGGAGGAUCCAACACCCCUGAGACAGAGGAGUUCACAGAGAGCCGUGGGACUACUCCAAAGCCAAAGAAGCCACCGGGAGAAGGAGACUUUGGAACAAUUAAACUCAUAAGCAACGGGGCAUAUGGAGCUGUGUAUCUAGUGCGGCACAAAGAGACCCGACAGCGCUUUGCCAUGAAGAAGAUCAACAAGCAAAACCUCAUCCUGCGCAACCAGAUCCAGCAGGCCUUUGUGGAGCGCGACAUUUUGACUUUUGCAGAAAACCCCUUUGUGGUCAGCAUGUUCUGUUCUUUUGAGACCAAGCGCUACCUCUGCAUGGUCAUGGAAUAUGUCGAAGGCGGGGACUGUGCAACCCUGCUGAAGAACAUAGGGGCACUGCCUGUGGAGAUGGCCCGCAUGUACUUUGCCGAGACCGUCCUUGCCCUGGAGUACCUGCACAACUAUGGCAUCGUCCACCGUGACCUAAAGCCCGACAACCUGCUGAUCACUUCCAUGGGGCACAUCAAGCUGACGGACUUCGGUCUCUCCAAGAUGGGACUGAUGAGCCUCACCACCAACUUGUAUGAGGGCCACAUUGAGAAGGAUGCCCGGGAGUUCCUGGACAAACAGGUGUGUGGAACCCCUGAAUACAUUGCUCCCGAAGUGAUCCUUCGCCAAGGCUAUGGGAAGCCAGUGGACUGGUGGGCUAUGGGAAUCAUCCUGUACGAGUUCCUGGUGGGCUGCGUGCCAUUCUUUGGAGACACCCCUGAGGAGCUCUUUGGUCAAGUCAUCACUGAUGACAUCUUGUGGCCGGAAGGGGAGGAGGCCCUCCCAGCAGAUGCUCAAGAUCUCAUCUCCUGCCUCCUGCAGACCAACCCUCUUCACCGCCUGGGGGCAGGUGGCGCCUACGAAGUGAAACAGCAUGCAUUUUUCAAAGAUCUUGACUGGAACGGGCUUCUGAGGCAGAAAGCAGAAUUCAUCCCUCACCUGGAGUCUGAGGAAGACACCAGCUACUUUGACACUCGCUCUGAUCGUUACCACCACAUUAACUCAUAUGAUGAAGAUGACACGACUGAAGAUGAACCUGUGGAAAUAAGACAGUUUUCAUCGUGCUCUCCCAGGUUCAGCAAGGUGUACAGCAGCAUGGAGCACCUAUCCCAGCAUGAGCAGAAGACUCCAGGCGUCACCAAGAGGGACCAGAGCAACAAACACAAAGAUGAGAAGCUCAGCAAAAGGGAAAGCUUAGGCAGCUUCACCCUUCGAGAGAAAAGCUGGCGCACCACCUCCCCUGAAAUGAAGCGGCUCUCAGCCUCGGAGUCGUCCUACACCGAGAGCGAUUCCAGCCCCCCGCUGGGUGCGCGUCGGCGCUUUUCGGCCCUGAUGGACACCAGCCGUUUUGCUGUGCCCCUGGAAACCGACAACGAGAGUCUUGGCAAGGGGCCUGCAAAGGCUCCUGCGGAAAACGGGCCCCCGGGGUCCACGCCCCAGGUCGAAGGCAAGGAGGGCAAGGAAGGGGCAGCAGGAGAGGCUGGGCAGAGUCCUGCCCCUGUGGAGACUGAGGCAGGCAAUAAAUCAAAAGCGGGUGAGCUACAGCCCCCAAAGGAGCUGGACCCAUCAGCCCCCAAAGCCACCAAUGACUUGGUGCUGCGCCGGGCCCGCCACCAACAGCUCUCAGGGGACUCCACGGCUGAGAAGCGCAGCUCCCGCACAGGGGGCAAAGUCAUCAAAUCUGCCUCAGCUACUGCGCUGUCCGUCAUUAUCCCCACAGUGGAACAGCACAGCAGCUCACCUUUGGCCAGCCCCAUGUCCCCCCGGUCGCUCUCCUCCAACCCGUCGUCCCGCGAUUCCUCGCCGUCCCGCGACUACUCGCCCGCCGUCACCAUCCUGCGCUCGCCCAUCACGAUCCAGCGCUCGGGGAAGAAGUACGGCUUCACCCUUCGUGCCAUCCGGGUUUACAUGGGGGACAGCGACGUCUACAGCGUGCACCACAUUGUCUGGCACGUGGAGGAAGGUGGUCCAGCUCAUGAGGCAGGCCUGUGUGCCGGGGACCUGAUCACCCACGUCAACGGGGAGCCGGUGCAUGGGCUGGUGCACACAGAGGUGGUGGAGCUCAUCCUGAAGAGCGGGAACAAAGUGAUGGUGACCACCACGCCCUUUGAGAACACCUCCAUCCGGAUUGGGCCAGCCCGCAAGAGCAGCUACAAAUCCAAGAUGGCUCGGAGGAACAAGAGGAGCACCAGCAAGGAAGGGCAGGACAGCACCAAGAAGCGAAGCUCCCUCUUCCGCAAGAUCACCAAGCAGUCCAACCUGCUGCACACCAGCCGGAGCCUGUCGUCGCUGAACCGCUCGCUGUCCUCCAGCGACAGCUUGCCGGGCUCGCCCACCCACGGCCUGGGCGCUCGCUCGCCCACCCAGAGCCUGCGUUCCACCCCUGACUCUGCCUACCUAGGUGCCUCUUCACAGAGCAGCUCCCCAGCCUCCAGCACCCCCAACUCGCCAGCUUCCUCGUCCCACCACAUGAGGCCAAGCACCCUGCACGGCCUGUCUCCCAAGCUGCACCGCCAAUACCGCUCCGCCCGCUGCAAGUCGGCCGGCAACAUCCCCCUCUCGCCCCUGGCUCACACCCCCUCGCCCACGCAGUCCUCGCCGCCCCCGCUGCCCGGCCAUACGGUGGGCAGCUCCAACACCACCCAGAGCUUCCCGGCCAAGCUCCACUCCUCGCCGCCCGUGGUGAGGCCGCGCCCCAAGAGCGCAGAGCCCCCCCGCUCGCCGCUGCUGAAGCGGGUGCAGUCGGCGGAGAAGCUGGGCUCCCCGCUCAGCUCCGAGAAGAAAGUGGUGGUGAGGAAGCACAGCCUGGAGGUGGUUCACUCCGAUUACCGCAAGGACUUCUACGGGGAGCCCGGCCUCCACAGCCUGGCAGAGUCCGACGGGGAGAGCCCCAGCGAGUCGGGGGCUCCAAAGCCGCUGGCCACCCGGCGCCUGGGCCGCCAGGAAUCCCCACUUAGCUUUGGGGCAGGAGACGGGGAGGCCAGCGCCCUGGAAGCCAGCAUCAAGGCCAGGCUCCCGGAAGCUCUGCUGGGGGACUGCAGGAGAAGCCAAGCCGUGCAGACCGAAGAGGCGUUUGCAGGAGCCAAUCGCGCCCUGGCCAAAGCCCUGAGCCCUGUGCAAGAGCACGAGCAAGGCAGGAAAGGAAGCGUGGAGGUGGAAGUCACCCCGCGGGGGCCUGUCCCCAUUGUGUUGGAACCCAAGGAGAGCCAGGAGCCUGGACCUCUGGGGAAAGCAGCUGCCGCGGAGCACGGCCAGGACAAGGCCGGCUCACCCAAGGAGAAGUGGAUCUUGGAGGUCGUGGAGGAACACACCACCCUGGGAACCUGUGCCAAGACCCCCAGUUGCCUCUGCCCAGAGGGGACCAAGAACGGGCUGAAGCGGGGCUCAGCAGAGGCAAAGGGGAAGCGGGGGAAGGAAGAGGUGCCUGCCCUGGGAUCCGGGAACAAGUGUGCUGGUGACACGCCGCGGCCUUCACCGCCGGCACUGGAGAAAAAGGGGGCAGCACGCUGACACAGAGGACUGCCUUUCUCACUGUACUGACCCCCAGGCUACGCUCCUUAGGAUACCUCCUUCAUCUUUGCCUUGCAGCCGUGGCAACCGUGGUGCUGGUUAGGGCACCCACAUCAAAGCUGGAGGGGGGCUGACCUGUAAGUUCCCUGUAAAUACGAAGGGCAGAGGCAAGGAUGCCUUCCCCCGCCCCCCAGCCACCCUCCUGCAAAUGGCAUGCCUGGUGUUAGGCCUUGUAAAGUACCUAUACAUAACUCUCUCUAUAUAUAUUAUAUUAUAUUAUUUAUAUAAAUAUACAUAUAUAUAUAUAUAUGAGCAAGACUACUCUAUACAUGAAAAGGUUAAUACUGUGAUCACUCCCUCCCCCAAAGCUACUCCCAAGGCCAUGUGUUUCAAGCUACUCCUUGAAGUCUGUAGGGGAACAGGGGGAAUGAAUGGAUUUGCAGGGGAAAGACAUCAGAACCAGAACACGUGCAGACCAAGCCUAGUUGGGAUGCGGAAGGUUUUACUAACCCACAAAGUGCAGAAACCCAAUUAUAAUUCUUGUUGCGUCCGGAUCCUUGCAUGCAGGUGUCCAACUUCAUGCGAGUUUAUCAUUCAUUCAUUCAUUCAUUCAUUCAUUCAUUCAUUGAGAUUGAGAGAUGCCGGUCCAGGCUGGCACCGCGGCAGCAGUCGGCAAGUGAGCUCCCAUCCCUCAACAGCCAAAGUCCCCACCCCCACUUUCAAUUUGCCCGUAGCACAUGCCCAAAGCAAGUUCUUCUUUCCUGACUCCCUUAGGUGAGGCAGGGAGAUGCAGAAACCCCGAAUUUAUUGUUUUGCCGUUCUAAUAAAUACUUAGGCAAAUCAUCUCGCUAAAGUGUGAGCACUUUAAACAUCAAAUUGAAACUCCCUGGCAAAGCAAAUUGCACAUCGGUCAGUUCCUAGCAUUGUACGUCUGUUUGAAACUAAACAAAAGUUUGGGUUUGAAUGUGCCUGGAUGGAGGAAAAGGCAGGUUGGCCCCACCUCUAGAAAAAGCAGAGGCGCUUUAACUAUAAAGGGGCAGAUUUGACGCACUAUGAAAAGCGGUGCUGUGGGAGAUUGGAAUAUCUGGCCCAGGGGUCACAACCGAUUGGCAAAUGUCCCUGUACUAGCCCUGUUUAAAUGGGGCUCACUUCUUGACUUAAGUAGUGGAAGGGGUGAGCCGUUUGGAUUUUCCACCUUAGGAAUGAAAGUAUUUUGCAAAGGCAAAGCUAGGCAGACUAGGGAUUCUUGAGAGAGAGAGAGAGAGAGAGAGAGAGAGAGAGAGAGAGAGAGAGAGAGAGAGAGAGAGAGAGAGAGAGAGAGAGAGACAUUGAGAACCCACGUAUUUCCAAACUUGGCUUAAUGAGCCCAUCAAAUUAAGUGGUUUCACGGGCAGUGAUUUUGGAGACAACUGAAAACCACGAAAGGUGCUUGGUUGGUUGCUUGGUGAAGAGGCAUGUUAUAGUGCAGUCUGAGCUCGUGGUGGAUCCCAACAUGGAAAUGCAUGUUGAAUCCAUUUUGGAGAAGGGGGGGAAAACAGUUUUCCAACAUAUUAAUACUUUUCUGCCCCUAUUCUUACAUGAGGUGCCCAAUGGGCGCUCACAUAGCAUAGCCUCUGACCUGCUGUGCAAAAUGGCAUCUCCUGCCCAUGUAUUGAAUGUAGAACUACCACGCCAGUCCUUGGGCCCACUAGGCUGUUGAAUGUCAGUGGCAAGAGCUGGCACCAGCAGAGUAGAACCAUUUGGCACAUACACUAGGACAGCAAUAAUGGUGCUGGAAGAGGAGGGUGGGCACUGCCGCCGUUGCGCAUCGCAGUUGUGUCAGCAGCUCCUGCAGCUGCAAAUUGGGUUGAAGUUGGUCAGGAAUACAUUUCCCUGUAGCCACAAAUUGGGCAAAAUGCCUGCAUGUCAGCCAUGCUGCCCCAUCAUGCAUCUGUCGUGUCAUCCGUGUUCGUGGGCAAUGAAGUCAUCAUGCAUGAUGGUUCUGUACAUUGGCAGUGUCUUGUUUCGAGGUAGAACUGUAACCUCAGAGCAUGUCUGCAGCUUUUGCCCAGAGGCACAAUGCCACUGGGCCUCCAAAGGCUCAGACCCUGAAAUACAGGGUACAGCUUUGGCAUAAGAGGGGGGUGGAGCCUGCCAGGGCAGGAGCGGGGCCUACUGAUAUCUGGUGGGUCAGGGGUGAAAUCUGAUUUCAGAGGAAAUUGGCAAAAAUUCUCAACCGAACUUCUCACCACCCACUCACGGCUUUCAACUCCUUCCAGUGCUCAGUCUUUACCUUGUUCUUAAGAACAUGGGAGGAGGAUGGAGCCCAGUGGAGGAAUGGCAGGUGCAUCCACUUUAACCUUGGGGAAUUUAGCAUUGUAAAUGUGGCAGCAGUUUCCUGACCAAAAAUCCUAAACUCUCAAUAAACCUACAGUGCCCAAGGUUAUUUAGAGAUAAACUAAAUCAGCACUAAGGAACAUGUUGGUACUGUAGUCUAAACCACUGAGCGUCUUGGACUCGCCGAUCGGAAAGUCGCCGGUUCAAACCCCCGCGGCGAGGUGAGCUCCCAUUGCUCUGUCCCAGCUUCUGCCAACCUAGCCGUUUGAAAGCACACCAGUGCAAGUAGAUAAAUAGGUACUGCUGUGGCAGGAAGGUAAACAGCGUUUCUGUGCGCUCUGGCUUCCAUCAUGGUGUUCCGUUGCACCAGAAGCGGCUUAGUCAUGCUGGCCACAUGACCCGGAAAGCUGUCUGUGGACAAACACCGGCUCCCUUGGCCUGAAGUGAGAUGAGCGCCGCAACCCCAUAGACAUCCUUUGACUGGACUUAACCAUCCAGGGGUCCUUUGCCUUUACCGUUUACCAACACUAAGUGGUUAGGUCCUGGAUGUACCAUAUGAGAAAAAUAGCCUUCUCUUCUCUCUUUGCAUCGGCCCCCUCACUCUGAGGUUUUAUUUUUUGGCCUGUAAAUCUUGAGGAGGAAGCAAAAACCCUGCAACUUUGGGUCAUGGUCAGAGAGUUGGCAGCCCUGCUGCAAAUGGCAACAUCAAACCCUAACUAACCACUAGGGUUCUUCCAUAUGUAUUCUUGACCAUUCUUCUGCCUGGUUCAGCUACCAGUCUGUCUCCAGCCGCCUUCCUCACUGGUGCUCUCCCAGUCCAGUUACGUCUGAAGUGAGAGAUACCCUCUAUGCAAUGCGAGCUGAUGGCAGAAGUCUCUUUUUACUUUUGCCCUCCCUCUCAAAUUUCCCUCUCGUUAUCCUACAGCAGCCAUUAACUGAUCUUUCCUCAGCUAUCCUGAUGGUGAAAAAAAUCACUUGCUUUCCUGAAGAGAGCUGGAUCCCAGGACAUCAGUUCAAAGUGUUGGUGCUGACCUUUAAAGCCCUAAACGGCCUCGGUCCAGUAUACCUAAAGGAGCGUCUCCACCCCCACCGUUCUGCCCGGACACUGAGGUCCAGCUCCGAGGGCCUUCUGGCGGUUCCCUCAUUGCGAGAAGCCAAGUUGCAGGGAACCAGGCAGAGGGCCUUCUCGGUGGUGGCGCCUGCCCUGUGGAACGCCCUCCCAUCAGAUGUCAAAAAGGAAAACAGCUACCAGAUUUUUAGAAGACAUCUGAAGGCAGCCCUGUUUAGGGAGGCUUUUAAUGUUUAAGAAAUUAGUGUAUUUUAAUGUUUCUGUUGGAAGCCGCCCAAAGUGGCUGGGGAAACCCAGCCAGAUGGGCGGGGUAUAAAUAAUAAAUUAUUAUUAUUAUUAUUAUUAUUAUUAUUAUUAUUAUUAUUAUUAUUAUUAUUAUUAUUUUCCAGUGGAAAUAAUAAUAGCAAUGAAGUGGGGCUAUAGGGGAAAGCUGGGUUCACUUCUGUUGAGACUUUACAACCCAUACAGUAUUUCUGUUGUCUGACCAAACCAAAUUUAGCCCAUUGGGCUUGAUCAAUCUUCCUUCCCCGCCUGGGGCAACAAAAACGCGAUUGGGAAGCAUGUGGGAAGCCAGAGCACGUGGCAAGUAGACUGUGUUUGACCUGGUGGGUCACAAGCUGUGUGAGCCUGGCCAAUAUGCAUUCUCUGUCCCCCCAAACCAUAUGAGACCUAGUGCUAGUCAUAGACGUUGCUCCAGGCGAGUCUGCAAGAUGCAAUGCAUGUGCUGAGGAAGCUACAGCAGUGGGAACAGGGGUAAAAGUCCUAAACUGGGAGGAAAGCAAGUGGGGAAAUGCUUUAUCUGGAUGAGUAAUUUUCUUCGCCAGUCCAGAGCUGCUGGACCCACAAGGGAGGGAGGCACUCGGAGAGCAGGAGGAGAACUCCAGGGAAGUAGGAGCUCCUGCCGGUCUGUCCACCUUGCAGGGAGGGCGUGUCGAUGGCUGUUGUGCCCUCCAAGCUCUGACAUGCAUGAACGACUACUGAAACACCUCCUGCUAUGUUGGCAUCUAUCUGUAAUGUGGAUAAAGGCAUAUAGCCCACCUCCCUCGCAAGGAGAUAAGAAGCUGAGAGCCACGAAGUGUCUGCCUGCAGUGUGUGUCUUCUUCUGGGCCAUUAUAACUGUCUCCAGGCUUAUUAAGGCAGGCACACUGUGUCAUGUUAAUAAACCAACCUGUACAGCAAAAUCUGGCCUUUAGCUUCUCUCGUUAUUGCUGCCUGUUUGGGAUGGAGGGAAGGGGACCAGAGAGCUCCCAUCUUCUUAUUCCCCGAGCUCCAGGAAAGGAAGCCGGACCCAGAGGAGCUGGAUCUGGGGUUGGGGUGGUCUCCUCAUCCACCGUUGAGGGUGUGGGGUUGGGUUCAAAGAACGAGCGGCCCCAGCUAGGCCGAGGGCUCGGGGUUUCCCUGCGCUCAAGCAGCUCCCUCCCUCCCACGUGAUGCCCGAGUCACUCGGCUCCUUGGAGCUUAUUUUCCCUGUUCUGCCCUCGGGUCUCCUCCCUUCUGCAUUGAGCUGGCUUCCCUCCAGCAGCCUACAACCCCAGUGCUUACAUAACAGCCAGGGCAUCGCGCCAGGAGGUUA